AGCAGGAGUCCCAGUGACAGAGGUUCCUGCGAGGUACAAACUGCUGUUUUGACUGCCAAGAUUCAAACGUAUCAGGAGCACCUUCACAUGCACCCCAAGGACAAAAGAAACCGGCGUGUCAUGCUGAUGGCCAUAGAUCAGCGGAAGAAAUUGCUCAAGUACCUGCGCCGCACCCGGUAUGACAUCUUUGAGCGCACGUGCAAGGUGCUGGGUAUCGAGUACAUGUUACCGCCACCCUAUUGCAGGAGAAUGACCCGGCGAUGGGUUGCUAAGAAGGCUUUCUGCCUCAAGGUUUUCAAUGAGGUACAGAAACGGAAAGCACCAGAGAGGCUAAAGCAGAGGCGAGAAUGGCAAGCAAAAGCAAGGGCCGCCAAGGAGCAGGCGCUGCAGAGUGAAGGGACCCCAGUGUAGCAGCACUCUGAGCAGAUCUUAUGUUCUGUGGCUGAAUGUGAAAAAUAAUUUCUCCCUCCAAAAUGCAAUAAAUGAUUUUAAAGCUACUA